AUGGAAUCAGAGGACUUCCAGUGCCUGGAGCGGAUGGGCCACGGUGCCUACGGCGAGGUCAUCUACCGCUCGGACGGGGCACGCGCUCCCGGGGUCGAGCAGCGCGUGCUGCGCGAGGCCCAGACAUGGGCCAGCAUCAGCCACCCAAACAUCGCGAGGAAGUCGCCCUGGCACUGCAGAUCCAAGCAGGUUGACUGGGAGACCUUGGGUACUGGUCCUGGAAGGACAGAGAAGCGUCAGCCCUUGCCCCUGGAGGUGCGCGAAGGGAGCCUUGUAGACUUUCCCUGGAAUCGUGAAUCCGGGCGAUGGAAUUCGACUGAAGCUCGUUGGACUAGUACUGACUUGGAGGAUCAGGAGAGCUCCUGUGAGUCUGACAUGACGGAGGAAUCUGAAGACGGCGUGGUCUUCCUCGACGCGUCCAAGGAGGGUGCCGAACCCACAGGCGAGCACGAAACUUCGGUGGAGGAGGUUCCAGCCGACGGCCACAUUCUUGCCAAACGGACGCGCGAGACGGUGCGCCGCGCGAGCGGUGGAGGGAGCGGAAUUGGAGCGGGAGCCUCUUUGGUCUACAAGGCGACGCUUUACAUCCAGACGGAGCUUUGCAGCAAGGAGACGUUGCAGAGCUGGAUCUCCCAACGCAACGCCGCCGUGGCGGCUGGAAAGGCUUCGAAGGAGGAUCUCAAGACCUGGGCCUCGCAAGCUGCGGGGAUCUUCCGCCAGGUGGCGAGCUCUCUCUCGAAGCUGCACGAACGUGGCCUGGCGCACCGGGACCUGAAGCCAUCGAACAUCCUGUUCGGAGUCGACGGAGGCAUGGCAGCCUUUGCAGCACAUUUCUCCGGCGUACGCCUGGGUGAUUUCGGAUUGGCAAAGCUGCUGGACCGCGUGGGUACGCCCAUCUACGCCAGCCCAGAGCAGCUCUCCGCCGACUCCUACAGCGUGAAGACGGACAUCUUUGCCUUGGGAAUGAUCCUGGCGGAGUUGCUGUGCCCGGCCUGGGCUCCCAGAGGCUUAUGCUUCAAGGUCAGCGGCAAUUUUAGCUAUGGUGUAGGGUUUAGGGCUUAG